CGAGCCGCGGCGGCUGAGGGCGGGUGCGCGCGGGGGAGGGAGGGGGGUCGGUCCGCGACGACUCCCCGGACGGCGUUUCUCCUCCGAGGCGCGCCGGUUUCGGCUUUGGGGGGACGGCGGUCCAGCCCAUCCAUGACCAUGGGCGACAAGAAGAGCCCGACCAGGCCGAAGAGACAAGCGAAACCUGCCGCAGACGAAGGCUUUUGGGAUUGUAGCGUCUGCACCUUCAGAAACAGCGCGGAAGCCUUUAAAUGCAGCAUCUGUGAUGUGAGGAAAGGCACCUCCACCAGAAAACCUCGAAUCAAUUCUCAGCUGGUGGCACAGCAGGUGGCACAGCAGUAUGCCACCCCACCACCCCCGAAGAAGGAGAAGAAGGAGAAAGUUGAAAAGCAAGACAAAGAGAAACCCGAGAAAGAUAAGGAAAUUAGUCCCAGUGUCACCAAGAAAAACACCAACAAGAAAACAAAACCAAAGUCCGAUAUUCUGAAAGACCCUCCUAGUGAAGCAAACAGCAUACAGUCCGCCAAUGCGACAACCAAGACCAGCGAGUCGAAUCACACCUCAAGGCCCCGACUGAAAAAUGUGGACAGGAGCACUGCACAGCAGCUGGCAGUGACUGUGGGCAACGUCACCGUCAUUAUCACAGACUUUAAGGAAAAGACGCGCUCCUCCUCCACCUCCUCCUCCACAGUGACCUCCAGUGCAGGGUCAGAACAGCAGCACCAGAGCAGCUCGGGGUCGGAGAGCACAGACAAGGGCUCUUCCCGCUCCUCCACUCCGAAGGGCGACCUGUCCGCAGUGAACGACGAGUCUUUCUGAAAUUGCACAUGGAAUUGUGAAAACUAUGGAUCAGGGUCUGAAAUUCAGAUCUCCACCUGCCCAUGCUGCUGCACCUGGAGAGCCUUCUGUGGACAUCGACCUGUGGGUGAUGCUGCCAGGAUCAUUUCUGCUUGCCAUGGGCAUUUGGCCACCGAGGAAUUUCGCACCCUGACGAUUACUCUUGACACUUUUAUGUAUUCCAUUGUUUUAUAUGAUUUUCCUAACAAUCAUUUAUAAUUGGAUGUGCUCCUGAAUCUACUUUUUAUAAAAAAAAAAAAAAAAAUCUGCUGUGCACAAUUUUCCAUGUACAUUACAA